CACCGAUUGGAGUCAGUCAGCAGCAGUCUCUCUCUUCAGCAGCUCUUGCCUCCCAAUUUAGUGCGAAACGAAGAUGAAGUCCAUUGUCGCUUGUCUUUUGGUUUUGGCUGUUUCCGUCCAGUCCCAAUGGCCGAACAACUUCGGGUACGGUCUCAAUCCAGCUGGAUUCUUUGGCGGAUUCAACGGCCUCCACCCGGGUUACGCCGGAUUCCCGGCCGGCCAAUUCUACGGACAUCCAGGACGAUAUGUAAACUACCCGGCUGCAUCUCUGCCUGCCUAUGACGCCUUCGGCAACCAAGUCGGAGGCUACGGCCAAGUGCAGGACACGCCGGAAGUGGCCCAGGCCAAAGCGGCUCACUUUGCCGCCCAUGACGCCGCCAGGGCCCGUCUCUUUACACCCGUCGUAGCGGCUCCUGUUGCUGUUCCCCUCGUCGCUGAUGCUGCUGUUGCUCCCACUCUGGCCAUUGAAACUGCUGGUUCUCCGCUGGUAGAAACUGUUGCCACUCCGGUGGUUGAAACCGUUUCCGCUCCGGUCGUCGAUGCUUAUGUUGCCCCUCCGUUCGAGUCUGUCGCUGUUGCCUCUCCCAUCAUGUUUCGCAAAAAGCGACAGAUUCAGCCAUUGGCUCCUCACGUCGGCGCAUCUCCUUUCGCUUACAGUUUCACUACUCCUUUGGCUUACAACCACUACACUGGCGGUUAUUCUCCUUUCGCUUACUCCAAUAACUUUGUUACCCCUGACGGCUACAACUAUGGCGCUCCUUUCGGAUUCCACCUUGCGCAUCCUUCAGCCAACUUGGUUGCUGCUGCUCCGGCCGUCGUCGCCUCGCCUGUGCCCGCCACCACCAUCACUGACAACACGGCGGCGGUCGUCCCAAACGUUAUCGCUUGAUCCAUUACUCAUCUCGCAGCAAUAACCAAAUAAUUUAGAGCUGUUUUUCUUUUGUACAAUAAUAGUUACUAUGGGCCAUCAAGACCAGCAAUUCUCUCUUGAAAUAAAAAUUGUCUUUCACUCGA